AAGAAAUUUUUCACUUUUCACAUUUUCACUUUAGAAAAAGUUACACAAUCGACGCCCAGGCCCUAAAUCCGCGUAUAUGCGUGAAACGGAACACACCUUAUGUAGUUCCAAUUCCUAAAAGUGGAUGUACAGCCUAUUAAAAGUGUGCCAUGAAAAUCGCCGGUAUGAUCUCUCUCAGUCUUCUCUCUGACUUUAUGUAUAAUCAGUUCAAAUAUUUGUGAUAUUAGAAGUUAAUUAGAAAAUGGAUGAUAAUCAGAUUUAUUCUAUAAAUUUUGAAUAUAAAGAAUAUAAAAAUGUAGAAUCUUCAUCAGCAAAUAUUAUUGCCAUUGAAGAAAUUGAAGAAAAAGAGGGUGAUGACUUUCUUAUAGAGUUAUAUAGAGAGAGAAAAUAUUUAUAUGAUAAAAGUAAUCGCGAUUUUAAGAAUAAAAUCAUAAGAGGAAAUGCUUGGGUUGAAAUUUCCAAUAUUAUGCAACAAAAAAACCAAGGACAACAUUACACACCUCAAUACUGUCAAACCAGAUGUACAUCGUUACGAGAUCAAUAUAGCCGAGAAAAAAGAAAAGAUGACUACAAAAGUGGAAAUAGUUCAAAGCGCAGAACUUUUCCAUUUACUCAACUGUCCUUUCUUGACAAUUUUAUUAAAAGAAGAAGAAAUUUUUCCAACAUUAAAAAAAAAAAGAAUACAUUUGUAUCUAUGAAAAAUACAUCAGAAACAGUAACUUGUGAGAACAAUAAUUCUACUGACGGAUCACAAUAUGAACAACAAGAUAUUAAAAAUAGGCAUUACGCUGUUAAACCACGCGGCAUCCAUCCGGAAACCUUUUACAUUGAAGAUAUUAAAAACUCUCAGAAAAGAAAUAGUGAAUCUCAGGAUACAGUUGAUCAUUUAUUUCCUAACAAUUUUAUUAAAAGAAGAAGCGCAAUUAAUUAUUGUAAUCAGUCAAUCAGCGCGGAGUUACAAGAAUAAGUCAGGGGCGGGCGCGCGAAGUUAGCUGCGGCGCGGUGGCAACCGCGCUCACGUAUGCACCUGUCCGAGAAUACUUAAAUAAUACGUAUGGAAAUAAUUGGAUGGGUCGUGGAGCACCUUUUUGGCAAUGGCCACCAAGAUCAUCAGAUUUGAAUCCUUGUGAUUUUUUCUUGUGGGGUGCGCAGAAAGAGAAAAUUUAUUUUAACCGCAUAGAAACGCAGGACAAAUUAGAAGAACGAAUACAAAGAACGUUUGCUACCGUACAGCGGCGACAUAUAAAGAAUGCCACAGAAAGCGUUGCGUACAGGGCAACAAAACGUUUGGAAGCGAAUGGUGGCCAAUUCCAUUUAAUGUAAAAAAAUCCUCCAUUGAAUAAAUAAAUUUAUUCCUUUUA